CGCAGCCUUUGCCCGCCCUGGCCGAGACUCAAGCGCGCCCAGAGAAAUUCGGGUCGAUUGUGGACAAUGCGGCUGAUUUCCGAUUCCAGGUACAAUUUUCCGAGGUUGCCGAGGACGAGAUCGGCACUCCCUGCCUUGUUCGCCAUGGAUUCCGUGCUGGAUCCGAGUAUUUCUAUCCAGCCAGUGCUAUAAAAUUCUGUGGAGUGAUAGCAGCAUUGCUAAAACUCGGACGCGUCAGGGAGACUAUGGGACCUGGGAUUUCCUGUUCUAGUGCUCUCCAGUUUUAUCCUUUAAAUGAAGGAGGACUUUUGGAGCAUUAUGAUGCGAGCAAUCUGGAUGGCCAAAGGAUCACUGUUGCUCAUGAACUUCGAAAGCUUUUCCUGGUCUCGGACAAUCGAGCUUUCAAUCGGCUGUAUGAUUUUGUUGGCCACCGCUGGCUGAACGAGACAAUGUGGCACGCAAAUCUUCCCAGCGCAAGGCUUCGCCAUCACCUCGCAGGAAAGUUCUCGUCGUCCAGUGGCAUGAACAUUACUUGCAGACCGGUUGGAUUCGAAGAGCGCGCUGCUGUUCCUCCGAAACGGAGUGGUCUAACUCUGCCAGGAAACACUCCCUCGCAGGGACUGCAAGUAGGGAACGCUUACAUCGCAGAUGGAAGCUUGGUGAACGAGCCCAUGGAUUUCUCCGAGAAGAACUGCAUCAGCCUUCUCGAUCUCCAAAACCUCUUGAUCAAAGUCACCCGACCGGACAUCGACUUAGAUAAUUCUCCUCUCGAUCUGGACGAGGAAACAUUAAAGCUGCUAAUGGAAGCAAUGUCUCAGUGUCCAGCCGAGUCCUCCAAUCCUCAGUACUAUCACUACCCGGACGAUUUUUGCAAGCUGUUCUUGCCGGGGCUAUGCCGGGUGCGCAACAAAGGAGCUCUGCGCAUAUACAACAAAGUUGGCCAGGCAUUUGGCUUCACAACCGAGAACGCCUAUGUCGUCGACGUAGAAACCGGGAGGAGCUUCUUCCUGGCUGCAACGAUCUAUACAAACGCAAACGGGGUUGUCAACGAUGAUCGCUACGAGUAUGGCAUUGCAGAGACGGUGAUGGCGGAUCUCGCCGAGGAGAUCGCUCGAGCAGUGUGGCAAAUCCCGCCAGAGAUCGUUAAUCUCUCCGGUCCUCUGGAUUGCACGCCAUCAAGGCAGCAGCAGCGCGAAAAGAUCGAGUCAAAUGCUCGGCAAACGAACCAAGCGACAGAGAAACCGCGAGAUCUUCCAUGCAAGUUGGAAGAUCCAGCGAAAUUCUCGUCGCGCGCGGCGAAAUCUUCGUAUGUUUACUUUGUCGAUGAGUAACGCUCAAAUUUUCAUCU